GUAAAUUCAGGUCGAUUUGGUCAACUUAAAUUAGCCGAAAAUCGGCAAGCCAAAUGUAAAAUAGCGUUAAAAUGUUUUCCAACUACACAGGCAGAUUUUAUUCGUGAAUAUAAUUGCUCAUUUUUUCUUUCACCACAUCAAAAUAUUAUUGACACCUAUGAAGGUAUGUAUCAAGCCCACGAUGAAUCGUUGUAUUUUUUUGUCCAAGAAAUAUGUCCAGGUUUAACGCUAAAGGAAGCUGUUGAAAAUUCAUCAUCUGGUAAAUUGCUUUAUUCAUUUCAUACUUCCUGGUUUUUUUCAUGUGUUUUAUGA